UAGAAUAUAAGUAGGUUGCAUAACUUGUAUAGAAGCUUCGAUAUCCUUUGUGUCGAUUUGAUUUCACGAUUGCGACACGAAUUUAACAACUGUUGUCACACGCUGCUGCUCAUACACGCGUUUCUUUUCCUCUAUUUUUUCCUUCCGCACACACGUGGUUUCAAACAUUUCGAAUAACACCCGUUGACGAUCAAAAUACAGUAGAAAACCGGUUGACCCUCAAGGUCGUUUUUUCACGGAAAUACUAUAGCACAGUCGUAUAUGUAUAUAUAUAUAUAUGCCUUUGUGUUAAUACGUACGUACAGAUACAUGCGGGGUUUAUUGAAAAAGCGUGAAUGAACAUAACCUUGCACAGUGCAGAGAAGCAUGUCGGUUCGUUAAAUUUAUCCCAGUUUGUUUGAACCGAAUAGAACAAUCAUUCAAAUUUCCAUAACCACCAAUAUGAAGUCGUAAUAAAAUAGUUAUACAAUAACUUUUUUCAAUUCUCCGUCGUUGAAUCUACGAAUUGCGACGUUAACGACAAAGGAUAGUGAGAAUGUUCGAUACAUCGUCGUAAUAAACAACGAAAAUCUCUCGCGUUAAAAUGAGCGAAAGAAGUGUUAUUGGAUAUUGGAUAUCGGAAAAAAAAAGGCAGAAGAUUAAUUGCAACGAAUUUCACAAUGUUUGUGCCAAAGAAGGCCUUAUUCUAAAACAAGUGGAUAUUGAUUCUAAUCUUGAAUCACAAGGGCCGUUCCAUAUAUUUCUUCACAAACUUACAGAUGUACUCGCCCAUGCAGAAACUGGUGACCGUGAUGCAAGGACCGUUGUUGCUAGAGUUCAAGAAUACAUUCGUCGACAUCCAGAGAUGAUAGUCAUAGAUCCUAUUGAGAAUGUGAAAAAUUUGUACAAUCGUCACAAAUCUUACGAACUGAUACAAGCAGGAUUGCACUCCAAUGAGGUUUUCACUCCAAAAUCUGUUGAAAUUACAUCGAUAGAUGUUACAGAAAACUUGUCACGCCUCAGAAAGCUCGGUAUCAAGUUUCCGUUUAUUUGCAAACCUCUCUUUGCUCACGGCUCCAGCGAUGCGCAUAAGAUGAUGGUGAUUUUCAACGAAAAAGGCUUGAAGGACUGUCAACCACCAUGCGUUGCGCAAGACUUUGUUAACCACAGUGCUAUAUUGUACAAAGUGUUCAUAGUGGGGAAUAAUUUUCAUGUCGUAGAACGUCCGAGUUUCAAGAAUUUUUACGCCAAUGAUUGUAAAUCAUUGGACACGUUGUUCUUCAGUUCCCACGACAUAUCGAAAAGUGGUUCAAACUCUGAAUGGUCAGUCAUAUCGGCCGAAGAUGAAGCGCUCAGGGUACAACCAAAUUUCGAAAUAAUCGAGUAUAUAGUAGCCAAAGUUACGAAAAUCUUUGGCCUCGUUUUGGUCGGUGUUGACGUCGUGAUUGAAAAUCAUACCGGGAAAUACGCGAUUAUUGACGUUAACGUAUUUCCCGGUUACGACGGUUAUCCUCAAUUUUUUAAGCAUCUCGUCGAAAGCAUCAAGAGACUUUUGAUAGAGAAACGAAACGAUAGGCAAAAUUCACGCCCUUGUACAUUCAAAAAGUGCCUGAGCGACGACUUGGAUUCUGGUUUUGAGAGCGACGAAAAGAAAAAAGGUUUCCUGUAGAAUAAAAAAAAUCGUUGCGAGCAUGCUUGAUUCACGGAAACGUUUCAACGAUCAAAAAUUGAAAAAAAUACUGACUUUAUAUCCUUGAUUAUUCAAAGUUGAAUUUGCAAACGAAAACUCUUUAUUCUAAAAUUCAUGAUUUUACAGAUUAUUUUCCGAUUCAUUCAAUUCCAUUCUAUUGUUUUAUUUUAUCACAAUACGUUCGAUGUUAUCGUGCAGCUUCAAGAAGGAAUCAACUUUCCGAUUGUAAAUAUACUGUGGUUUUAUCGAUGAUUAUGUAAAUUUUAAUUGAACAAUCUGAGCAGCACGAAAUUUGUUCGAAUAACCGGAAGUAUGUUACGCGCCAAUGUGUGUCGCCAUAGAAUAAUUCAAAUUAGCCAUGAAACUGUAAGAUUUUUCGAACAAUUGUUGAAAGCGUGUGUUCAAGUCAUUGAUUGACGGGAGCAUCAGAAUUUGAAGAAUUAUUUAUUAUUUUGGGUGACACAAUCGAUUAUUUAAAAGUUUAAUUUUUUUAAAUACAUAAAUGAAUAUCAAGAAUUUGUCACUCGAUGGAAUAUAUUGUGUACUUUAUUAUCAGAUCAUAUGAAUUUGAAAUUAAUGAUUAAUUGGAAGAUUAAUAUAUAAGCAAACGAUCUUCGGAUUCUUUACAAUCGAUACGUGGUCACUACACUUUUUUGCCAUUUAUUUACUAUAAUUUCAAUUUUUAUUUAAGUUUUUUUUUUUUAUUUGACUGCAUAAAGGGAAUCGGUGCUAUGUACUUCGAAUAUCGUUUAUCGUUGGUAUUUUCAAGUACGAAAGAUCCAAAGAACAAAACAGAUGGGAAUAAUUGAACUAUUGAAAAGUUUCAUAUGAAAAUUUCACUGACUUUUUGUCGAUUAUACCAAACUGGUCUGAAAAAUCGUAUAUUUAGAUGCUAGAAAAAAAAAACUCUUCCGCUUUUGCGAAUGAGAAACAAAAAAAAUGCAUUUUCUGGUAUUCUGUGCAUCACACUAUACGCAGAAAUACAAUUUAUCCAUCGUUCUUACGAUAUUGAAACAUUAAUCUUCCCGCCGGAGUCCGCAGUUUUUGUAACUUCGUAUAUACACACACUGGUAUUUCUUAUAAAUAAACUGUACAAAAUAUAUAUCGAAUAAAAAAUGAAAUUGGUAUCUUUGUA